CGCCACCAUCCCCCCACCCCCAGGAUCCUUGGAGUUUCAGGAGGGGGAGACGAUAACAGCCAAGUGCACUAACGGAACCAGGGAGAGGAUACAUAAAUACCCGGAGGGCAUCCAGACCAAAGUUAGAGUCUCCAGCUCCCGCGUUUGCAACAGACGGCGGUACCGUCAAACAGGGUUUUAGAAAAGGAGGGUUUGCAGUAAGAAAACAGAAACUUGACCUCACAUCCGGAUCAAAAGGAGUCACCUGAUUUACUGUAACUGGAAUAUUAUCGUGGGUUUUUAACAUGGAAACCAAAAUCACAGUUGACAAUGGGGAGAAACCGUACACGUGUGGUUUGUCUGGACGAGGGUUCAGUCAGUCGCCUUACCUGUCAGAAUAUGAAUGCAGCCAUCUUAGGGAGAAACCAUGGAAAUGUGGGGACUGCGGGAAGGGAUUCAGUUACCCAGUUCAGUUGGAAAUUCAUCAGCGCAGUCACACUGGGGAGAGACCAUUCACCUGUACAGAGUGUGGGAAGGGAUUCUCUACCUCGUCUCACCUGCUCACACACCAACGCAUUCACACUGGGAAUAGGCCGUUCACUUGCUGUGUGUGUGGGAAGGGAUUCACUCAGUCAUCCAACCUGUUAACACACCAGCGGCUUCACACUGGAGAGAGACCAUUUUCCUGCUCCGUGUGUGGGAAGGGAUUCACCAUUUCAGCUCACUUACUGAGACACCAGCGGGUUCACACUGACGAGAGACCUUUUAAAUGCCCAGACUGCGGCAACCACUAUAAAAGUUCUGGGGAACUGAUGUCCCAUCAACGUGUUCACACUGACGAGAGACCCUUCAGGUGCUCUCACUGUGGAGCUGGGUUCAAGCAAUCAUCUGACCUCACUGUGCAUCAACGUACUCACACGGGGGAGAGACCAUUCACCUGCUCCACGUGUGGGAAAAGAUUCAAUCAGACAUGCACCCUUCUGAGACACCAGCGAGUUCACACUGGGGAGAGACCUUUUAAUUGCACCGAGUGUGGGAAGAGAUUUGGUCGUUCCUCUACCCUACUGAGACACCAGCUAGUUCACAAGAAAUUAUAGUGACUGGACUUCUACCAACACAAACAGAAAUAUGUACAUGAAGGUAUGUUCGGGCUGACAUUCACUUAUUGUGGUCAAUACUCUGAUAAAAAGCAAGUAAAAUCAGCUUGAUAUGAAA